AUGGUUCUCACGCUUCCACAACGUCCUGCUUUCUGUUCUUAUCAUAAUUCCUCUUUAAUAAUCUCUACAUACCAACUUGAAACAUCUUCAACUCGCGCUGGAACUUUAUAUUUUCUCGAUCCAGCUUUACUUGUAAAAAACUCUAUAGAGCUGCCGGCCGGCAUUUUCCGUUUUGAAUGUCCUAAACCUGAUUUAUGUGUUUCUGCUUUAACUGAUGGUUCACUAGCUUUUACAAAUCUGAACGAUAACACUUCCACUUUCACCAAUGUAUCUGAGCACAUGCUCCUUGAUCUUUCUCUCGAAUCCGAUCAUUGCUUAACUUCCGACAAUAAAGGAAAUAUUUAUUUAGUAGAUGUGAACAGUGGUUCUGUAGAAAAACAUGCUAAUGCUCAUUCAUUACCAUAUACCUCAGAUUGCGAAAUUUGGACAUGCUCCCUAGGCCAAGAUUUCGCUUGUUCGGGUGGAGAGGACGCCGUCGUUCGUUUGUGGUGUCCUCGUACCUUUUCUUCUUUGGGAGUAAUAAAAGGCUUUGAAGCUGGUGUUACGUUCACAAAGUUUGUGAAUGAUAAGACACUCUUAACUGGUAGUUAUGAUCAUUCUAUCCGUCUUUUCGAUUUGCGCAACUUCAAAACACCAAUCAAGGAGCAUAAAACUGCUGGGGGUGUUUGGCACAUAGAACAAGAGCAUGAUGGAGAGAAACGCUGGCUUGCAUCUUGUAUGUAUGGUGGCUGGGAACUUCUCGAUAGUGAGCUGAUAUCCAUUAAAACUGACAUCGCGGCCGGUAGUAAUUUACUCUAUGGUGUUACAUUCCUUCCUAAUAACCAAUUAGCCUAUGUGACAUUCAAUGAUUACAGUGUAUCUUUGUCCUCUAUCUAA